AUGACGCUUUUAGUGUUUCUUCCUCUUGGGCUCGAGUGGGGUCAAAUUAACUCUGAAUUACAAAAAAAAACUGUGGUUAAUUUGACAUUUUUAAAAUCUAUUUUCGCCAGUAACGAUCACGGAACAUAUUGAAUCAUGGUCCUAAAUCCGUUCUUGAAGUAAUCCCGUUAGAACGUGCGUGUAAGAAACUCGAGGCUUGUAAGCCAAAGACAGCAUGACAUUCUAACAUUUGACCAAAGUCAUUUGCUUUGGACACUUGCAUACCUGCGCAGGUGUUCGGUGAGGGAAGAACAAUGUUAGGAGACAUGAUUCUGAGGGCUUUCAGACUGACAGUGAGGGUGUCUGCAGCCCUUCAGUCAAGCAGAGCUCUGCACUCCAGCCCUGCGCUCUGGGCAGGACACAACAAAUGGUCCAAAGUAAAGGACAUUAAAAUUCCCAGAGAUGCUGCUCGAUCCCGGAUAAUUGCCAAGUACACCAUGAUGAUCAGGAUUGCAGUAAGAGAGGGAGGACCCAAUCCAGAAUUUAAUGUUGCUUUGGCACAACUUCUAGAGCAGUGUCGGAACAAAAAUCUACCGAAAGCCACCAUAGAAGGAGCUAUAAAAGGAGCCAAGUCAAAGCCAGGAGUACAGUAUCUUUAUGAGGCCACAGGACCGGGUGGGUGCACGUUGCUCAUUGAGGUUUUUACUGACAACAACACACGGUCCCAUCAAGAAAUCAAACGUAUCUUGAUGAAAAAUGGUGGGGCAUUGUGUGAAGGAGCACACCGGAACUUUGACAGAAAAGGUGUUGUGGCAGCAUCCAGAGAUGGGGUCUCCUCUGAGAAAGCUCUAGAGCUGGCCAUUGAGGCUGGAGCUGAAGAUGUGCAGGAGAUGGAGGAUGAAGAGGAGCGACCCAUACUACAGUUUAUCUGUGACAUUGUGUCCAUGAAGGCUGUGCGGAGUGCUCUAGAAGGUCUGGGAGUUCAUACGCUUUCAGCCGGUCUGGAGUUUGUUUCUCACACCCCGUCUCUCCUGACUCAGACUCAGCUAGAGACCGCGUCCACCCUGCUGGAUGCUCUCAGUGACUGCCCUGAUGUGGUCCGGGUAUGGGAUAACAUCCAUGCACAGACCUAGAGUUCACAAUGUCAAUUGACAAAUGGAACAACUCACAGAUAGAUGAACUAAUCAAUGAUCUACAUGCCUUAACUGAAAAAAAUUGACCUGCUUGGCCAAAUUGUAUUGGACUUUACUUGGAUUUUCUGUGUGAUGGUAAAGGCUUGAUUGACCUUGUUGAUAUAUCUUCAUCAUGGCAAUAAAGAAGAUAUGUUAGUCA